AUGGAUAAACAUAAUAGUUCUGAAUUGUUAAACUCAGAUUUUUCACUAUCCAAAAAUGCUAGUUCCGAUUCAUUGGAUUCAGACUCUAAAUCAAGUUCAUUGAAUUCGAAACACGGACAAGAUUCCAGUCAUGUUUUGGGAGAUAUACAGUUGUUGGAUGGGGAAAAAGUGAUGGGUGUAGCUCGAGAUGUUACUUACCUAUGCCCAUAUAGUGGGCCAUCUAGAGGAGUGCUGAAAGUAACAAACUAUCAACUACAUUUCCGUCCCACAGAAGCAACUUCCCUUCAGACUAUACUCUCUGUGCCUCUUGGAGUAGUCUCUCGUAUUGAAAAAGUUGGCGGAGCUUCCUCUAAAGGAGAAAAUUCAUAUGGCAUUGAAGUGUUUUGUAAGGAUAUGAGAAACUUACGUUUUGCUCACAAACAAGAGAAUCAUUCUAGAAGAGGUAUAUUUGAGAAAUUGCAACAGCUAGCAUUUCCACUAUCACAUAGACAGCCAUUAUUUGCAUUUAGCUAUUCAGAGAGUUUUCCAGAUGAUGGAUGGAAUGUGUAUGAGCCUAUUGCGGAACUGAGGAGAAUGGGAGUCAACAAUGAUAUGUGGCGCAUAACACGAAUAAAUGACAAGUAUGAGAUAUGCGACAGUUAUCCCUCGGUAUGGGCAGUACCUACUGCAGCUAAUGAUGAUCUCUUACGAUCAGUUGCUGCAUUUCGUUCUAGAGGACGCAUACCAGUGCUUGCUUGGAUACAUCCAAGCUCUCAAGCGACUAUUACACGAUGCAGCCAGCCCUUGGUUGGGGUCAGUGGUAAACGCAGUCGUGAAGACGAGAGAUAUAUCCAAUUAAUAAUGGAUGCCAAUGCUCAAGCGCAUAAGCUGUUUAUAAUGGAUGCCAGGCCCAGUGCCAAUGCUAUAGCUAAUAAGGCCAAGGGUGGCGGAUAUGAGUCAGAGGAUGCAUACCAAAAUGCGGAACUCGUCUUCCUCGAUAUACACAACAUUCACGUGAUGAGAGAGAGCUUAAGAAAAUUAAAGGAGCUUUGUUUCCCCCAAAUUGACCAGACCAGAUGGUUUAGUGGCAUUGAAGCAAGUUGUUGGCUCAAGCAUAUUAAAUGUAUACUAGCGGGCGCGGUGCGCAUUGUUGAUAAGGUAGAGAACCAUAAAACCUCUGUGCUAGUUCACUGUUCUGAUGGCUGGGACAGGACGGCUCAGUUGACUGCCCUGGCCAUGCUCAUGUUGGACCCUUACUAUCGUACAUUGAGGGGUUUCCAAGUUCUCAUAGAGAAGGAGUGGCUCUCCUUCGGACAUAAGUUCCAAUUGCGUAUCGGCCAUGGAGACGAGCGUCACUCAGACGCGGACAGGUCGCCAGUAUUCGUCCAAUGGGUAGACUGCGUGUGGCAACUGCAGCAACAGUUCCCCACCGCCUUUGAGUUCACUGAGCGGCUGCUCAUCACAAUUGUAGAUCAUCUAUACUCGUGCCGUUUUGGGACUUUCCUCUUUAAUACUGAGCGUGAGAGGGUUAAGGAAGAAGUAAAAGCCAAAACAGUAUCACUAUGGUCAUACAUUAACAGCCGACAAAAUCUAUAUCUGAAUCCUCUAUAUUGGGGACCUUCUUCGUUCAGUCCAAACUCGCCUCCUUCACCGAACUCGAGACCCCAAAUGGUGCUAGUCCCAGUUGCUUCGUUAAGGAUUAUUAAACUGUGGAAAGCUUUGUACUGUAGAUGGAACCCCACCAUGAGGCAACAGGACCCGAUAUACCAACGCACGCGAGAGCUGGUGGCUCUGCGGGUGCAACUGGAGGCGGCGGCGGCCGCCGCGGCGGGUGACCACGCGGCGCGCCAGCACCGCCUUGGCCUCACUCCGCCCCGGGUCGCCAGCCCGCACCAUGUG